AAGAGCCUGUGCCCUAGAGCCUAGAGGCUAGAGCUGCCACCCCUCCAAGAACCACCCGCCUCUCACGCGCGUCGCCGCCAUCGCUGCACCCGUUCUACCUCAUCGCCACUCCGCGCAUCCCUGCUGUCUUCACUCCGUCCGCUCUGGGAAUCCGUUUCCGAGAUUCCUGCUCUGCGAGGGUCUUGAUGGAGGCGAAACUAGCGUUCCCCCAGGACAGCCCGCCACUUUCCAUCCUCUCUGCUGCUAAGAUUGCCGGUGUUCCCCUAACGAUUGAUCCGACCCUCGCCUCAGGCUCAGUGCCCACACUGCAUCUCAGUUCUGGGGACUUUAUACAUGGCGUGAACACAAUUCUUCGUUACAUUGCCCGUGCUGCAUCUGUUUCCAGCUUCUAUGGCCAGGACGCUAUUCAGGCGGCACAUGUUGACCAAUGGCUAGAGUACGCGCCGCUCAUACUUUCGGGCUCUGAAUUUGAAGCUGCAUGCUCAUUUAUAGAUGGAUACCUGGCAUCUCGAACCUUUUUGGUUGGUUAUGGUCUGUCUAUUGCUGACAUUGUAGUGUGGUCAAAUCUCACAGGUACUGGUCAACGAUGGGAAAGUCUAAGGAAAUCAAAGAAGUAUCAAAACCUUGUCCGUUGGUUCAACAGCAUAGCUGUAGACUAUUCAGACGCACUGGAUGAAGUUACAACUGCUUAUGUUGGAAAGCGUGGAAUUGGCAAAUCUCCUGCGCCAAGCUUGAAAGAAAAGGUGCCUGGUUUGAAGGAGAACAUCUCAGGUCAUGAAAUAGAUCUCCCAGGUGCCAAAGUCGGUGAGGUUUGUGUUCGUUUUGCACCAGAGCCUAGUGGGUAUCUCCACAUCGGUCAUGCUAAGGCUGCACUAUUGAACAAGUACUUUGCAGAGAGAUAUAAAGGGCGUCUAAUAGUUCGAUUUGAUGACACAAAUCCUUCAAAAGAGAGCAAUGAAUUUGUUGAGAACGUCCUGAAAGAUAUUGAGACACUUGGGGUUAAAUAUGAUGUAGUUACAUACACAUCGGAUUAUUUUCCAAAGCUAAUGGAAAUGGCUGAAAGUUUGAUUAAGCAGGGAAAGGCCUAUGUUGAUGAUACGCCUAAGGAGCAAAUGAGGAGUGAAAGGAUGGAUGGUGUGGAAUCUAAAUGUAGAAACAGUACUGUUCAGGAGAACUUGUUGUUGUGGAGUGAGAUGGUUAAGGGUACCCAAAGAGGUACACAGUGCUGUGUACGGGGUAAACUUGACAUGCAAGACCCUAACAAAUCACUUCGAGAUCCUGUUUACUACCGUUGCAACCCUGAUCCCCAUCACCGUGUAGGCUCAAAAUACAAGGUCUACCCAACAUACGACUUUGCUUGCCCAUUUGUUGAUGCAUUGGAAGGAGUGACUCAUGCUCUUCGUUCAAGUGAAUACCAUGAUCGAAACGCACAGUACUAUCGUGUCCUUCAAGACAUGGGGCUGCAGAGGGUAGAAAUCUAUGAGUUCAGCAGGCUGAAUAUGGUUUAUACUGUUCUUAGCAAGCGCAAGCUUCUCUGGUUCGUACAAAACAAGAAGGUGGAGGAUUGGACUGAUGCACGCUUUCCCACUGUACAAGGCAUAGUACGUCGUGGCUUGAAGAUUGAAGCAUUGAUACAAUUUAUACUUGAGCAGGGCGCUUCAAAAAAUCUGAAUCUUAUGGAGUGGGAUAAACUCUGGACGAUCAACAAGAAGAUAGUUGAUCCAGUGUGUGGAAGGCAUACUGCUGUGCUUAAAGAUCAAUGUGUGCUUUUGACACUUACUAAUGGUCCAGAGGAACCAUUCGUUCGUAUCUUGCCAAGGCACAAGAAAUAUGAGGGUGCUGGAAAGAAGGCUACAACAUUCACAAACAGAAUUUGGCUAGAGUAUGCUGAUGCAUCAGUCAUUAGCGUGGGUGAGGAAGUCACUUUGAUGGACUGGGGAAAUGCUAUCAUUAAAGAGGUCAAGACAGAUAAUGGAGCAAUUACUCAACUAGUUGGUGAGCUUCAUCUUGACGGAUCAGUGAAGAUGACAAAGUUGAAGCUAACAUGGCUAGCUGAUAUUGAAGACCUUGUGUCUCUGUCUUUGGUAGAUUUUGACUACCUAAUUAAUAAGAAAAAGCUGGAAGAAGACGACAACUUCCUUGACAAUCUUAACCCUUGCACUAGACGAGAAGCUUUAGCUCUUGGAGACCCGAACAUGCGGAAUAUCAAGCAAGGAGAAGUUAUACAGCUCGAAAGGAAAGGGUAUUACAGAUGUGAUGUUCCAUUUGUCCGGUCGUCCAAACCAGUUGUGCUUUUUGCCAUUCCAGAUGGUAGACAGAAGUCCACAUCAAUUGUUUCUGGAGCCUAACUUCUAAUACUGACGUUGGCUAAAUUAUGUUACUUUUUUGGGCAUUUAUAUUGCAACCAUAUUGCUAUCAAACUGUUGAUGUAAUGGCUAAAACUUAGAACUUCAGAUUCUGGUUCUUCGGUAUUGAUUAUGUAGUUCCGUUUGCAUGUCUGAGUUUCUGCCGACUGUUGUCAGGAUCUGUGGAUUGUGGAACAAAUGUUAAGCUGAGAAUUGGCUAAUGAUAUCCAUUUCUGUGGUAGAUGA